ACACAUCACAUUUGUAAACACACACACACACACACAUACAUACAUACAUAGAGACACAGCUAACAGUUGGGUUUCUGUUUGCGUUAGCUUUCUGAUGUGGUGUCACAUUAUAUUUUGAUAUAAACACGCCAGCCGUGGUAUGUUAGCAUUGUAGCGGCUGGCUAGAUAACAUUAUAGUGUAAACACAUAUCUCAAUAUUUCCUGUUACGUUAAAGAACGAGGGACGGUGGCUGAAAACCGGCGGAAAUAAAACAAAAAACAAAAGGAAAACCCUAAGCUAGCUAUCCGGCUAAUUAAUCCGAGACGGGGAUCCAUGUGAGGAAACUGGUAAUGACUCGAGAGAAGAUGUAGCUUGAUAAAUAAAUAAGUGUUGGCCAGGAGAGGAGUGGAACCUUCUGGACCUGAGACCUGGACUUGUUUACCUGGAAGAGUCAUCAGACAUCUUUUCCUCAAUGGAGAAAAAGGAGAAGAAGCCCAGCUACUUUGCCAGGCUGAAGAAGACGCGGCAGCUGAAGCAGGGCCAAUCGGAGAGAGCGGUGGCUAAGGAGAGCCUGUCAGAUACAGACUUGAAGGGAUCAGUCAUCUGUGAGCCCGCCCCUACUGCACAGCUCGACAAGAAAAACCGAGAAAGUGAAAAGCCCAGUAAAACUGAGAGAAGCUUGAGUGGAGAAUCGGUCGACAACUGCAAAUCCAGUGAACAGGCCAAGAAAGAGAAAAGAAAGCCUCCAGGCACUGUCGAGUACACGGUGGGAUCUAAGGACACCUUAAACAGCAUUGCAUUGCAUUUCAAUAUCACCCCAAAUAAACUAGUGCAGCUGAACCGUCUCUUCUCUCGCAGCGUGGUUCCAGGACAGAAACUCUUUGUCCCUGAUACAGGGCAGUCAGAGACGGCCAAGGUUUUCUCAGAUUCUGUGAACGUGGCAGAAAAAGAGUUCCAGGAUGACAGAUCAAGCUGCAGGCCGAGGCACCGGGAACUCUCUCCCCAUUCUGAGGAUGAGAGCCCGGUCAAAUUCCUCAAGAUGAGCUGCAAGUACUUCACCGAUGGCAUGGGAGUUGUUGGCGGUGUGAUGAUUGUAACGCCCAAUAACAUAAUGUUUGACCCGCAUAAGUCGGAUCCUCUAGUGAUUGAGCAUGGCUGUGAGGAGUACGGCCUUAUCUGCCCCAUGGAAGAGGUGCUGUCCGUGGCUCUGUAUGACGACGUGUCCCGCAUGCAGCUCAAGGAUGCUUUGCCGUCUGACAUACCUCAGGAUCUGUGUCCAUUAUACAGGCCAGGUGAGUGGGUGGAACUUCCAUCUGAACAGGACCUGAACCCCUUUAGCCGCUACGAGGCCCUCGGCAAACCCAACCGCCCAAUCGUAUUGGAUGACAUUGAGACAGCGAAUGAUUGCCCCCCCGCUGACAAGUCACCAUCCGAUGAAGGCUUCACCGAGCUUGAGCUGUUGCAGAAUGACUCCGGAACCGAGAACGGAAGUACCGAAACUUCUCACUGUAGGCCUGAGACUUCCAACACUACCUGCCUGAGUCUGGAAGAGACAUCUUUACAUGAUCUGAGUCAUUCGGUGGAAACAAAAAUGAGUGUGCUGGUCCUCACAGACCAGAGAGCAGAGGCAGUGAGGUCAUGUGAUGCAGACCAAGUAGAGGACGAGGAUGAAGGCGUUCAUAAUCGUUCCACAGAUGAGAUCGUAGAUCCGGUCUUAGAUGGGGACAAAAACAGCGCACUGUACACUGGAACAGAGCCUAGUGCAAAAGGACACGGGGUUACUGUAGUGGAUGAGCUGAAAGAUGCAGAGGAUUUAAAUAAGGCUAAGAUUCUUACUCAUGAUUCUCCGCAAGUGGAAGAAGUAGUAGUAGUAGUAGUAGCUGAGGACGAAAAAAGAAUGGUAAGCUCUCGGGAUGUUGCUGUGGAUUCUGGAAAAUGUUCUUCUGGACCAGGCAAUGAAGAUGAUAAGGAGACAAUGAAGAGACCAAAUGCAGAUGAAGAGUUGAGCAAGAAGGAGGAAGAUUUGCAAAACAAUGAAACGGAGAUGUCAUGGCUGAUGAAAAGGAUGCAGGGCCCAAUUGAAGAUAUGCUACUCUCUGCCGAAGAGAAAAGCAAGAAACCACCUAUGUUCCUGUGCUUCAAAGUAGGGAAACCCAUGAAGAAAUCCUUUGCUACUGGUCGAACCUCUAGCCCCACCCACUUUUUUGGGAGCAGAGGGAAACACCCAGAGUACUGGUUUGCGGUACCACAGGAAAGGGUGGACCAUCUGUACUCAUUCUUCAUCCAGUGGUCUCCUGAUGCCUAUGGGAAAGAUGCACAGGAGCAGGGCUUUGUAGUCGUAGAGAAGGACGAACUUAACAUGAUUGAUAACUUCUUCAGUGACCCAGUGCCCCGAAAUUGGGAGAUCAUCACCAUGAAUGAAGCACGGAGGCGGCAGAGUUUUGGCACUUUUGAGGAUGAGGAACCAAUGGACCUAUUGUCUGUUCUGAUGGAACCCAGCAAGUUAUUUGAGGAUACACACAUUGAGAAGUUGGCUGCUCGACUCCCAGCUCGGGUUCAGGGUUAUCCAUGGAAGCUGGCCUACAGUACAGUGGUGCAUGGAACCAGUUUGAAGACUCUGUACAGGAACCUGGGGGAGCUGGACUGCCCUGUGCUGCUGGUCAUCAAAGAUAUGAACGAUCAGGUUUUUGGCGUGUUCUCCACUCACCCAUUCAGAGUUAGUGAGCACUAUUAUGGCACUGGGGAGACCUUCCUCUACACCUUCAGCCCUGAAAUUAAGGUGUUCCGCUGGACUGGUGAAAACUCCUACUUUGUGAAGGGAAACUUGGACUCUCUCCAGAUCGGAGGUGGAGGGGGUCAUAUUGGCCUGUGGCUGGAUGCUGACCUGUUUCAUGGAACCACCUCCAAAUGCGCCACUUUUAACAACCAACCACUGUCAUCACAACAAGACUUCACGGUCCAAAAUCUGGAGGUGUGGGCCUUUGAGUAAAGUCCUCAAAUGUAUACUCUAAUACACAUGCACACACACACACACACACACAUCUUCACGUACCAUGUGAACAAAAAAAUAUAUAUAACACAAACAAAGAAACAUAAAAACAAACCUAAUGGCAAGUAAUAUAAUAUGCUGGAGACAUGGUCUACUGCUGGUUAUGUGGAGAUACUCUUCCAAAAAGGUUUCCAGGGCACUAGUUUUGACAUGAGACCAAACACUACAAGUUUACCAGGUUGUCUGUUGUGCUCAUUUAGAAUAGGAUGAAGGGUAAGAGAGAAGCAGGCUUCUGUUUGUACCUCACUUAGACUGCCUUAAUAUUGUACACCUAUCCCAGCAUGCGAUAGUAUAUACAAGCUCUGCAUAAAUAUAACCCUUAUAGGCUGUGACUGCAGAGCCUUAGCCAUAUUCAUCAUGCUAGUGAACCUUGGAAUGAGCUGAAAUUUUAUAUUUGAAAUUUUCUCCAAACUUCUGUGGAUUUGCCGAACAGGGACUAUGAUGAUGUUUACAAAAAGGAAGAUGAGAUCAGUUUGGUAUUGAUUAGGGGUUUUGGUGAAUCUUUAGUUCACUGAAAGCACGAGUGGCGUGACUGAUAUGGAUGCCAUUCAUGUGAAACACAUUCCAUUUGAUAAAAGCGAACUAUUGUCUUGACCAAAGCUUUUUAUUUAUGCCUUUCCAUGUACAUUUUUUUUUGUUUUAUAUUGUUUGUGUGUUUUAAAUAUUUGAAAUCAUGUCUUUUUAAUUGAAAGUUAUAUAUAUAUAUAUAUUUACUGUAUGUGAGGAUUCUGUUCAUUUCAGUUUUGUGUGUUUAUAUGAUUUAUAUUAUAAGGACCUUGUUUGGUCAACAUUAAGCUGGGCACAUGGUAGAAGCAAUGUCAGUAUUACAAGUUUGUAACUGAUAAAAUUAUUGAUUAUUUCACUGUGGUUGUGUUCCAGGUCUCCCACUAAUACACACCAAUAUUAUUCACAAUGCGGUCUAAUGCCAGUCAAUACUUUAGUGAUGAAUAGUAGAAUCAUGAAUACAAGCAAGUAGUGGCAGUAUACUAGUCAUUCCAACAGGUCCCUGCAUGCUUUCAUUGAUGGUUUGUUGGCAUUUUAACUUUUGAUGGCAUUCCCAGUGAAUUUGUUUCUCUCAGCUUAUACUCUAGAGUUUGUUCAAAACAAAAGCUGUGAAUUAUGGAAAAUUAAUGUAAUGGCGCACUAUUAAGUGUAUGAAUGUUACUAACACUUGUUUAUUCUAUAAACAUGGAACAAGGAAGUUAAGUGUGUUGUAAAGGUUAUCUCUUGGUUUUGACAAGUUUGAACAAAGGAAACAAAAUUUAAAACUGACAAAUUCUUUUGAAUUUGAGGUGUCUGUCACAUGUUUGAUGGUUGGAUGAUGUUUAUCACUACAGUCAGAAAUCCCUUUUCAUGCUUACCUAAACUAACACCAGAUACAUGUAGUGGUGUGCUUAGUCCACUUUUAAUUAAGCUCUGUUUCCUCAAUGUGAUUGUGAUUGGUCAGUUCAGUUUAAAACCGCAGUAUGUGCACUAAAUUCCUGCUAAUCUUUAAACAGCUCGCCAUGUUUAAAUGUCAAAUGUAAAAGGAAAAUAAAUAUGUCCACAAAAAUACA